AUGACAGAUAGAACUACUACUAUAACAACAACAACUACAACAACUACAUUAUCAUCAUUAUCAUCCUCAUCUUCGAAAACAGAUAUUAUAGACAAUUAUUCGAAUUCAAAUAAUAAAAUUAAUAACAACAAUAAUAAUAAUAAUAUUAUUAAAUUAAAAACAAUGUCAAAUAAUAAUAAUAAUAAUAAUAAUAAUAACAAUAACAAUAAUGAAAAUACUACAACAGAUCAUAUAGAUAUUAAUAGUAGUAGUAUUGGUAGUGAUAAUAAUGUUAAUAAGAGAUCAAGUGUUUGGAUUCCACCAAAUAAAAGUGCACUUAAAUUUCAACCAAGUCUAAGACAAAGAUUAGAUGAAAUAACAGUUGGACCGAUUGCAGAGAUGUUGAUAUUGAGAGUAUCGAUACCAGAACACCAAACGAUCUCUUCAUUCAAGGUGUUGCGUGAGAAUCUUGUAAAGGAUCUGCUGUUCUCCGUCAUCAAGAAGAAACGACUGUUGAAUAGUGAGCAACAUCGAUAUUCAUUGUAUCUGGUACCAAACAACAAAGUGGAAUGUGGUGUUUGGAUGGAUGAGAGUAAACCUCUGUGGAUCUACGAACUCUACGAUCAAGAUCUAAUCGAAUGCAAACUGAAAACACUCGAGAAGGAACCGACCUAUCUCAAAGUGGUAUUCCCCGAACAAAUGAAAACCAAAACAUUCCAAGUCGACGAUAAAAUGUUGGUUAGAGAUGCAAUUCAGCUGAUCACCUCGAAAUUAGAUGUAUUAUAUUUCAUUGGUCAAGAUUUAAAGUAUUAUGGAUUAUUUGCAUUGUUAAAUGAUGGAUCGGAAGUGUUGUUACAAGAUGAAUUACUUUUAACUACAUAUUCACUUGGCAAUAUGAGUAUUAUAGAGUUCAAAAAGAAAGAUAUCAUUGUAUUGUCAAUAGAUGAUACACCAUUAUUGGAUAUGAAUAUGAAUAUUAAUAUUCCACAGAUUGUUGUAUCUAAUAAUAAUAAUAAUAAUAAUCAUUAUCAAGGUGAUAGUGGUGUAAAUUCAACUAGUGUUGGUGGUGUUGCUAGCUCUGCUUCGAUUACCUUUAGAAAUUCAGCAUCGUCAUCGGCAUCGUCAACUUCAUCACUAUCCUAUGUUGUACCGGUGAAUCAAGUAACCAUUACAUUCAGUACGAAAUCAACGGUCAAAGAGAUGAUCUCCGACCUAUCGCCAUGGUUGGAAUCACAGAUAAAGAAACGUACUCUAAACUAUAAAUUGAUGUUAAGUGAUCCUAAACUAUGGUUACUUGAAAACAAUCCAGUUUCAUCAUACGGUAUAAAGAAGAAUGAUAAACUAUAUCUGUUUCCAAAAGUUGAAGAUAAUCUAAAUCAUGAAGAAGGUGUUUGUUUAAAAGUAUUAUUCAGUGCAUGUGUUGCAACACCAUUCUUUAGUAAUCAAAACAAACUAUCAAAAUCGAUUCCAGGUGAAAUCUUAAUUCUAAAAAUUGAUAAUGUAAUUCAUUUAACAGAUUAUAUUAGUGGUAAAUCGGGUGGUGUUGAAGGUGAACUUUUUAUGACAAACUAUCAAUUAAAAUUCUUCUCAAAAGAGUCAACCAAUCAAGAAUAUAAUAUACCUUUGUAUUCAAUAUCGAAAAUUGAAAGAGUCGGUUCAUCCAAAUCAAAUACAAAUUGUUAUCUAGAUCUACACUGUAAAGAUUUUAGAUUCGUUAGAUUCUUCUUCCCAACCAAUCCAACCGAUAAAAGAAACACCUCAAGAAAAAAGCUGUACAAAACAUUAAAGAAUCAAGUAUUCCCUUCAAAUCAAUCAAAGUUAUUUGCAUUUUAUAACAAAGAAACAUAUUCAAUCAAUGGAUGGGAUCUAUUCGAUUUGGAAAAGGAAUAUCAAAGACAAGGAGUUGGUAGAUCAUCGAGUGGCUGGAGAAUCACUAGAAUCAAUGAAAACUAUGAAAAGUGUGAUAGUUAUCCAUCGUUGUUGGCAGUACCAGAGAGAAUCAGUGAUAAUGAGUUGGAGAGUGUUUUUCAUUUCAGAAGUAGAGGUAGAAUACCUGUGUUGUCAUGGCGACAUCCAAACAACGGUGCGUCGAUUACGCGUUGUUCACAGCCUUUGGUUGGUAUCACUAGGUCUCGUUGCGCUGAAGAUGAAAUGAUGUUUCGAGAGAUCGGUAGAGGUAACAAUAUGAUCACCACCACCAGCAAUGAGAAGCCAACUAAGUCAUUCAGAUCAUCAUUGAUGCUACCAUCCCCGUCUGUUACCAAGAAUCUAUCGCUACUCGAUGCAAGACCAAAAGCAAAUGCCAUUGGAAAUCGUGCAAUGGGUGCUGGCUAUGAGAAUACAUCAACCUGCUACCCGGAAUGCACCUUGGAGUUUUUAAAUAUAGAGAAUAUACAUGGUAUGUUAAAUAAUGAUCGAUUUUAUUUUGCAAAAUAUGAAUAUAAUAUUAAUAUGCAAAUUAAUGGAGUGAUGAGAAAUUCAUAUGAAAAGUUUAAAGAUACUUGCUUUGUAGCUGUAGGUGGUGUAAAUAGUCAGCAUUAUAAAGAACAAAAGUCGGAAGGAUGGUUAAGUGGUAUAGAUGCAUCACAUUGGUUGGACCAUAUCAUAUUGAUUCUUCAAGGUGCAAUUAAAAUAGUUGAGACUGUACAUAACACCAGUACAUCUGUAUUGAUUCAUUGCUCCGAUGGUUGGGAUAGAACUGCACAACUCUCUGCCAUCUCAAUGUUCUUACUAGAUCCUUAUUAUAGAACUUUAGAAGGUUUCAUUGUAUUAAUAGAAAAAGAAUGGUUAUCAUUAGGACAUCAAUUCUUUAAGAGAAUAGGUCAUGGUGAUCCAAAAUACGGAGAUGAACAAAGAUCACCAGUAUUCUUACAGUUUAUUGAAACUAUUUAUCAUAUUCUAUGUCAAUUCCCAAAGGCUAUUGAAUUCAAUGAACGUCUGCUGCUAGAGAUCCUCCAUAAUCUGUUCUCUUGUCGAUUCGGCACGUUCCUAUACAACUCUGAGAGAGAACGUGUACGAAACAAUGUAAAGACUCACAGUGUAAGGAUACUACUUGCAGAAUCUACUGCCGACUACCGACGCAACGCUUCGAGAAACACUUGCACUGCAUCAAGAGAUACAAAAAUUGAAACGAGAAAACCAAGCACUCAAACAACAACUACAACCUGCCUCUAA